UAAAUUAAAAUUACAAAAAAUAACUAAAGUUUAGUUAAUAAUCAAAUAACAAGAAAUUAGAGCAAUAAUUAUUGCUUCAAGCCACUAGAAACACGUUGUUUGCCGUCGCCGUCGUGUCCGUGGUCUCUCUUUUGCCGUCGCGUAACGUAAGCGUAUUACAAAACAAACGCCAACGUAAUCAAAAAAAAAAAUAAAUAAUAAUACAAAUACAAAUACAAAUACUAGUGUCGUUUAGUGCGUGUUUUCCCCCAGUGUAAAUAGUAAAUAAAUUGGCAGGGAUUACUAAUACCUAACGCCCAUUAAGGGUGCCGCACACCCCUCUCUCUCUUCAACGGGGGCAAAAAAAAUUAUAGCAAAAAAUUUAACCCGUGUGUGCGGCGGGGUUACGUAAAGCCGUUCCAAGUUCUUACAAAACAAAAAAAAAGCGAAUAACAAAAAAUACAACACAUAACACGAGAAAAGUUACGCGCACGCCCAACACAAAAAUAACAACAAAUACGUAUACAAAUACACAAAUACACGUAUAUACAAGUGCGAGGCAAAAAAAAAAAAAUACAAAAUAAAUAAAAUAAGCGGGGCAGGAAAAUAUAUUCCCGAAUUCGCGUUCUUUUUCGCACGCGUGUGGCAAUAAAUAUCUAUUUUUUUGGCAAACAAAAUAAAAAGAAAAAAAAAUAUAAUAAAAAAUAAAAAUUAAUAGAAAUUGCAAGAAGAAGAGGGAGAAUUUCGCGUGUGCAUGUGUGUGUGUGUGUGAUUCUCGAGAGCAACAGAGCAAGCUAACCCCGCCACCCCCUUUUUUGGGCUAAAAAACACAAGGAGGCGCGGUCCAACAGCGACAGAUGCCAAUGCCUCUGCCGUUGUCAAAACUUCUUCUUCAUUUCAAGCAAAACCGUGAAAAGCAGAGCACGCCCGUUCAAAAUAAUUGUUAUAAAUGAAAGAAGAGUACGUAAAGUGCGAGAGAGUGAAGUGAAGUGAUGAUAGAUAGAUAUUAUAUGCCAACUGAAAGAUAGAAUAUAUCUUUGACGAGCCGCGCUACGUGUUGCAUACGUGACUGCAGGCAGCUCAACCCUCCGAUAAAUCGAAAUAAAACCAAAACCAAAAAACAAAAACAAAAAAUCAACAACUAUAGAUAGAUAGUUAGAGGGAGAUGCCGCUGUCGCAGGGCUACUGCGUGAAGCCCUCCUCGCUGGGCGCCAAGAAGCGUGUGCUGAAGGUCCUUCGCAAGGAGCAACAUGACCAGGAGCAUCGCCAUCAUCAUCACCAUCAUCAUCAACAGUCACACAAUGUCGGAGUACAGUGUUACCUAGCUAACGACGAUGACAGUCAAAGCUCUUUGCACUUGUCCUAUUUGGUGGGUGAAUCCUUUGCCAAGAUUGGCAGCCUCCCAAAGGCCUUUGAUGUCUACGAACUGAUAGCCAGCCGGCAAUGUGAUGGUCAUGUUCCUUUGGAUAAGCUUAAUACUGCUAGCGCCCUGACCUCACACAUUCGGCAAAUGGGAGGCAUAGCCACAAAUACAGGUAAUCCCAGUACCACAACCAUGAAGAGUCCUCGGUUGGAGAUGAUAAACUGGUCACGAUACCAUCAUCAGGACAAGUUAAAUCAAGGAUCAGAGUUCCUGCCUGGAGGAAGGGAAUCCCCUAAUGAUUUUGGUGGAGCAUCUCCCUUGGAUCUACACUCCCCCACGCGAGAACUAAGAGUACCGAGUCCCCUGCAGGAUCCCGAGGAUUAUGAUCCCCUGCUGUGCCCACUGUGCAAUGAUAUCCUGCGCUGUCCGGUGACCACCAAUUGUGGUCACACUUUCUGCCGGCAAUGCUGUGAGACGAUCACACAGUGCAACAUCUGUCAGGUGCGAUUUCCCCGAAUGCAGGACACUUCACCGCCCUGCGCCCUGACCACCACCACAACCACAUCGAGCGGUCCGGCGGUACAGUCCAGCUUCUUUGCGGCACCAACGAGCCACAAUAAUGCAAACCUCGGACUGAUGAGCUUCCCCGUGGGUUAUGGCGUCCAGCUGGCAUCCAGUGUCCACCGAUUGGCGGCACCACCCAUGACGGUGACCACCACCACGGUGGCAUCUACCACGGCCACGGCCACCACCACCAUGGCAUCCACUUCGGCAGCAGCGGCACUGGGACUAAGUGGUUAUACUUCUGGCCAUAAUGGUGGUUCAUCUGCCAUGAAAUUCAUGCCGGAUGUAUUGGUGCGAAGAUUGGUGGAGAAAUGGUGGGGUCCGGAUUUGCAGGCCAAGAAAAUUAGCGAAAAAGCCAGCAGUUGCAUGCAUCUCAACCUAUUGGAUGAUGCCCUCAAGUUCUGCAAUGCCAGCUUGGAGAAAGCGCCUGCAAAUUUCAAAAGUCUCUGCCUGCGUGCUGAAGUCUUGCUCAAACUGAGCCACUAUCAAAGUUCUCUGGCGGAUAUUGAGAAUGCGCUGAGAACGCGCUGCACUUCGCCCAAGGCUCACUAUUUGAGGGCUUUGGCCUUGAGCGGUUUGGGUCGACUGGAGGAGGCUUUGUACAACGGUUUUUUGGCCAUUUGCCUUGAUAAGAAUACAAAUCUCAGCAACUCGGAAAUAUUUCAACAUGAUCUCGCCAAGAUUCUCCAACGUCUCCUGGCCCAAAUGCCCAAGACUCGAUGCUCGGUCACCGCUGCAGCGCAUCCUGGUGUCCAGCAGCAGCACCGUAGCUAUGCCAGCUCACGGCAACCGUAUCCUCUUUUGUGGGAGCAGGUGACGAGACGGAGGAAACAGCAGCACCAUCACCAUCAUCAUCACCUCCAUCAUCAUCAUCAUCACGUCCAUCUGGACGAUGUGGAGGAUGAGUUUGGUCAUUACGAUAACUACAUAAUGGCCGGCGACGAUAUGGAGGAUGAGGUAGAAGUGGAGGUGGAUGGCGGUGAGCCGGGUUCUCUGCAUUUGGACGGUGACUUUCUGUUUCCCAGUGCUCUGGACUUUAUGGAUCACCAUCGCCAUCAGCGGCAUGUCUUUGAGCAAAAGCAAUUCGAUUUGCAGCCACGUCGCCAUGCAAACCGGAAGCACUGCAAGCGGAAAUGGUCUGCGGCCAUGGGACCACUAAGCGGUCGCGUUGCGGAGGAAGAGGAGAAUGUGGAUCAGACUGAGGUAGUUGGAGGAGGAAGCCAGCGGUGCAGCCGCCUGUUCGCCGGUGUCCUGGAACGCACGCAGCAAGAGCUGCAGCGACUGAGAAAACUAGAUGGAUCGGGUCCAUCGCUGGCAGUGAGUGCGGUGGCCGGGCAACUGAUCGAUGCCAGUGACUUUGACUGCGUGGUGUGCUGCCGGACACUGUGGAAGCCGGUGGUUACCCCGUGCGGACACACGUACUGCCUGGUAUGCUUGGAUCGUUGCAUGGAUUACAACUCCCCGUGUCCAUUGUGCAUGUCACCACUUGUGGAAUUCAAUGUCAAUGCCAGUGCCAGUGCCAGUGCCAGUCAGAAUCAGAAUCAGAUCCACCUGCAUCCGGGCUCAUCCUCGCCAGUUCCUUUCGCGCUGGCCAAGCGGCCAGUGACGAAGUUCCUAGAAGCCGCAAUGAAACGAUUCAUUCCAGACCACUACGAGGCGCGUUUUCGUCAGGAGAUCGACCAGGAGCCCUCCGUUCCGGUAUUCAUCUGCACCACAGCCUUUCCGGCAGUGCCAUGUCCGCUGUUUGUAUGCGAACCCCGCUAUCGGUUGAUGGUGCGGCGAGCUGUGGAGUCUGGUGACAAGACCUUUGGCAUUGUUCAGCCAAAUAGCAGCAAAUCACGUUACUAUGAUGUGGGCACUAUCCUUGACAUCCGUGACUGUGUCCAGCUAGGCGAUGGCUGCUCUAUUCUGAGUACCAUUGGCUGCAAGCGCUUCAAGAUAUUGGCACGCAACGAGAAGGAUGGCUAUGAGACGGCCAAAGUGGAGUACAUCUGCGACGAGCCCAUUGCCGAGGAGCAGGUUAAGAUCCUGGCUGGAAUGCAAGGAGUGGUCUUGGCCAAGGCUAGCGGCUGGUUCGAGAGCCUUAGUACGGAGCAAAAACACGAGAUCCUGCAGAGCUAUGGCCAGAUGCCGCCACUGGAGCCCAACUGGGAGCUGAUUAGCGAUGGGCCAGCGUGGGCCUGGUGGGUCAUUGCCCUGCUGCCUCUAUCUCAGCAACUAAAGGUGGAUAUAUUGGCCACUACCUCGCUGGAGAAGCGUCUGCGUGCCAUUGACAAGACUCUGGACUGGCUGCACGAUCUCAGGCAUCCGCAGCAGCCGACGCAUCAUCAGCAGGCGCCUCAAUCGCCGCAGCAGGCACACCACCACCUCGAUCUCGACUGCGAGGAGCAGGAAACGGCCUCAUCUGGGGCCGAUGAGUGCUGCCUGUUUGCGGAGAACAAUGGAUCCGAGCCGCAUACGGAUGAGGAGUUGCUCCUCUAGAAUAUAUAUGAGAGAUACACAUUAAUUAGAAAUCGGAACCAUAUAUAUACAUCUUGUAAAUUCUGUGUCUAAGCCAUUUCGUUUGUAAUCGAACGUUACAUGUUAAUCCUAGGGGCCAAAACCGAAAGCGAGCAACUUUAGCAGAACCAAAAUUAUCACUAGAUCAGCAACAACAUAAUCUUUAGCUCUAGCCGAUAACCCUGUGUAUGUGUGUGUAUGUUUAUGAUGUAAAGUGUAAAGUAAAUUAGAGAGCGAAACCGGAGAAUAUGAAUAUUUAAUGAUACGACAUCUCCCCUCUACCCCCCAGUGAAACAAUCAAAAAACCAUUUGCUUUUGGCUCAAACCCCGUAUCACCAAGAAACCAAAUCAAACUAAUUUCCCAGGACAACUUUAACUAUAAAAACCACAUUCCACAAAGUCUUGAAUAUAUAUAUGUUUGCCAUAGCGAAAGGAGCAAGGGAAAAGGAUGUAAACUCAACUUUAACAAAACAGAACUCAUGGUUUCUACAAAACAACAAAGCAAAACAAAUACACAAAUUUUUGAACAUAAAAACAAUUUUAAAAUUAAAUAACAAACAAAAUACCAAUUCAAAAGGCCAACAAACAUACACCUAGUAAAAAACUAAAAGUCGGAUAGGAAAGAGCAUAGGAAACAAAACUCUUACAAAAACUUGAACUUCUCUUCAUUUACUUUGUAUAAAGCGGCUGGAACUCUAAGACAAUCUGCAAUAUUUUUUUGAUAUACCUAAACGAAACUAAACUAAAACUAUAAACUAUAAACUCUAUAUACAAGAAGUUAAAAUAGGUAAAACUGAACUAGCGACUAGUUAUGAAGGAAGUGAAUAAUAAUAAUAGGAGAACAAAUGUGUAAUAAAUUUUCAAAUUGCUUUUCUGUUGAUUAACCCAAAACACACACUCUCUAUAACCACCACGCCCCCUUUACUCUCUCUUGAUUAUGCUAAGGCUGAAUAAUAAUAUGCUCACCUAUAUAUACCUAUAUAUAUAUACGAUUCUAUAUGCUAAAACGCUUGUUUCUGUAUUCGUAUCUGUAUCUUCAGCCCGCAUUCCUAUUGAAGAGCUAUAACUUUGAUAUAUAUCUUUGAAUCCAUUAGCUACAUUUGCCUCGUCUUUUGAUUUCUACUUCUAAGCCUCUCACGCUCAUUUCGUUUAUAUUUUCCUCAACUUUCAAGCUCUCCCUUGUAAAGCAAAUCAAUUUUAAAAACAACAAUUUGCUUUAUCAGUCGGCACAUCCUUAUCUUUGUAAAUAUCUUUUAUCUGAUAAUCUUAAAGCUCUAUAUAUGUAUGUAUGUAUGUAUCUUCUACGUUAGCUAUAGAUCACGAAUUUAAUUUUUCAG